GACCUUGAGCUUUUUGAUUGUUGAUUUUGAAAUGUCAAACGAAGUUAAGUAAUAGAAAUGUAACAUAUCAUAAAAAAACCGCUUAAAAACAGUAUUUCUGCGUUAUCAUUAAUUAGGGUAGCACGAUGGAGGAACAGGCAACAAUUAAGUUAAGAGUAACCGAAUACAUUCAGCGUUUGAGUAAGGAAUUGAAUAUAGAGGGAACUAAGGGGCUGUUUGGUAAUGAGCUAGAACUCAUAGCUUUAGUGCGGAAUUGUCAGUUUUUGUAUGAUAAAAAUUUGCCUGAUUUCAAGAAUAUUCAAAAGAAAAAUGAGGCUUGGGAAGCAAUUGCUUCAGUUUUCGGGGUCACGGUUGGUGAAGUGCAGCAAAGGUGGAAGGGCAUGAGAGACUUAUUCAGUAAACAUAAAAACAAAAACGAGGGGCACAGUAAUAACAAUAAAAACGUAGUGUGCCCCUAUUACGAUGAUCUUAAGUUUUUAGAACCGUAUAUUGUCGGUCGUAGAUCAAGACUUGUGGGCGUAACUAUGUCUUUGUCGGAUCAUUUAAACAGUGAUGACGAUGCGUCUAAAGAAAAAGAAUCGGCCUCAUUUGAUGAUUUGAGACGCUUCAUUGAUAAAAUUAAAAGUUUGCCAAUUUUGUACCAUCACAGGUAUUCUGGGGGAUCAUACGGUAAACAAAAAAUCGAACAUUGGAUUGAAAUUGCCAAAGUGUUUGGGGUGCCAGUCAAAGAAUGUCUAGCUAGGUGGAGGACACUUAGGGAAAGAUAUUCGAGGGAAAGAAGAAUGCAAAACGCCGGAGUUUCUGUUAAAAAGUGGGAAUUAUUCGACGAACUUUCGUUCCUUGACCAACACGUUAAACGCCGAAGAAGGUACACAAGGAUGGUGCCCACACACCCGUCCACAGCCGACCAAAGUAUUUGCUACGUUGUAACUUCCCCAACAAAUUCAUCCUCGGAACAUGUCACACUUGACUCUUCUGCAUUCCUCAGUGAAAUGUCUUUAGGGACAAAGAAGGAAGUUGCAAUGGAAGAUGUGGAAUUUUUCGACGUUUCGAGCGAUAUCACUUCAUCCCCAACUCCUCUAUUUAAUGAAGACAACAGCGCGUCUGAGAAUAAUGUCUCGGAAAAUUCUGUAAAUUUACAGAACGAAAGCACACAAAGCAAAAUCAGUAAUCCGGACGAGGACGACCUUUUCGGCCAAAGCAUUACAGCCGAGCUUAAGAAAAUAACCUGUCCGCGGAAAAAAAUUAAAUUAAAAGCGGAAAUUUACCGACUUAUCUACGAACACACCUGUGAAUAAUUCGUUCAGUUAACGGUUGUACAUAAUAAAUAAUUUGUAGAA